AUCUAAAAUAUUGUGACAAACAUUGUAACAUUAACACGUACUCAAGCACCAAAAUGAGUUACUUAGCAGCACUUUCCCUGAUCAUCAUUUCCACCCUCCUAAUCACCACAAGAGCUGCCAACUUCAAUAUCCGAAACAACUGUCCUUACGUCGUAUGGGCUGGUGCCUAUCCUGGUGGCGGUCAUCAACUCAACCCUAAUCAGGAAUGGUCCUUGGAUGUUGAUCCAGGCACCAAAUACGCUCGUAUUUGGGGUCGAACAAAUUGCAACUCUGAUGCCUCUGUUUGUGAAACCGGAGAUUGUGGUAGGCUUGACUGCACAGCAUAUGGCAAAACACCAAACACAGUGGCCGAAUAUGCACUAAACCAAUUUCAAAACUAUGAUUACUACGACAUUUCACUAAUCGACGGUUUCAAUAUUCCUAUGGAAUUUGGUCCCACUGAAGAAGGUGCAGAUGGAUGCAAACUCAGCAGUUGUACAGCAGAUAUCAUCGCGCAAUGUCCUGAUCCGUUGAAGUUCCCUGGCGGCUGUAAUAACCCCUGCACGGUUUAUAAGACUAACGAAUAUUGUUGCACUCAGGCGUCGGAACCAUGUAAUCCGACAGAUUAUUCGAGGUUUUUUAAGGAGAGGUGUCCUACUUCUCUCAGUUAUAAAGCUGAUCAAACAGGUAAUCGAAGCUGUCCGAGUGGUACUAACUACAAGGUUGUGUUCUGUCCAUGAGGAUCUUCUUAUUCUGGUUCUUGCUGUGAAGUUGUUGUGUCCAUGAGAUCUUAUUAUUAUUGUAGUGCUUGCUAUAAAGUUGUUUCUGCACACCACAGAUAUUGUUGUUGUGCUUGUUCUUCUGAAUAAUUGCCUUGAUCUGGUUGAUCUAAAUAAACUUAUGUGCAGGGAUACAUAAGUCAUUCUGAUUUGAACAAUUUGUUAUCAAUCUUCGCUAUUACAUACAUAUUUUUAUUUUAUUAGA